AAUCUUUCCUAGCUACUCUCUCCUUUUCCUCAAAUAUCCCCUACAUUUUUUUUGCAGAUUUCAUAUCUUCUUCAUGUCCUCUUUUUAAACUCACUGUACGUUUUCUCUGUUACCCUCAUGGCUUCUAUGUUCCCUUUGUCUUGGGCCAUAAUAGUAGCAUUAGUAAUAUCCUCAUUGUUUGCUUCUCCUGCAUUUUCUACUUCUAGGCGAGUUUUAGACCACCCACCAGAGGUGAAAAAUGGAUUCCGUGUUAUGCUCAAACAUGUCGAUUCUGAUAAAAACUUAACCAAAUUUGAACGUAUCCAACACGGGAUUAAGCGUGCAAGUCACAGGUUGCAAAGGCUCAACGCAAUGGUCCUGACAGCUAGUUCGAAUUCAGAAAUUGACGCACCAGUUCUUCCAGGGAAUGGUGAAUUCUUGAUGAAGUUAGCGAUUGGCACGCCAGCGGAAACCUACUCUGCAAUCAUGGAUACAGGUAGUGAUUUGAUAUGGACACAGUGUAAGCCUUGCACUCAGUGUUAUAAUCAACCUAGCCCCAUUUUCGAUCCCAAAAAGUCAUCUUCCUUCUCCAAAUUAUCAUGCUCUAGUCAACUAUGCAAAGCACUCCCUCAGUCCUCAUGCAGCGAUGGCUGCGAGUACCUUUAUGCCUAUGGUGAUUAUUCUUCCACGCAAGGGAUUCUGGCAACCGAAACCUUCACGUUUGGCAAUGUUUCUGUUCCUAAUGUUGGUUUCGGCUGUGGAGAAGACAACGAGGGAGAUGGGUUUACCCAAGGUUCAGGCCUAGUUGGGCUGGGGCGCGGACCCUUGUCACUAGUUUCUCAGCUUAAAGAAGCCAAAUUCUCUUAUUGCUUAACGUCGAUUGAUGACACAAAAACUAGUACACUUUUGAUGGGAUCUCUAGCAAGCGUGAAUGGCAAUUCUAAUGCAAUCAAAAGCACCCCUUUAAUCCAAAAUCCAUUGCAGCCAUCUUUUUAUUAUCUUUCUCUUGAAGGAAUAACGGUUGGUGGCAAUCGCACGCCUAUCAAGAAAUCAACUUUUCAACUUCAAGAAGAUGGUAGUGGUGGUGUAAUCAUAGACUCUGGCACUACAAUAACCUAUCUAGAAGAAAGCGCUUUUGAUUUGGUGAAAAAAGAGUUCACCUCUCAGAUGGGAUUGUCAGUGGACAACUCAGGUGCUACUGGGCUUGAACUUUGCUUCACCUUGCCAUCAGAUUCAAGUGAAGUAGAGGUGCCUAAGUUUGUACUCCAUUUUGAUGGAGCCGACUUAGAAUUGCCAGGGGAGAAUUAUAUGAUCGCUGAUUCAAGCAUGGGAGUAAUUUGUUUGGCGAUGGGGAGUUCAAGUGGAAUGUCUAUUUUGGGAAAUGUUCAACAGCAGAACAUAUUGGUUCUCCAUGAUCUUGACAAGGAAACCUUAUCAUUCCUUCCCACCAAAUGCGAUCAGUUGUGAGGGUGUGAGUUUUUGUGAUCAGCCUAGCUAUUUUUACUGUGUGUGCUUUCGAUACCAUUUGUUAGAUGAUAUAUAUUUCAAUUUAUCGAAAAAAAAAAGUAUAUCUUUUAAAUAAAAUCAACAUUUUCUUUACGUACA